GCGGGUCCCCCUCCCCGGGCUUCCCCCGCCCCCGGCCCGGCCCGGCCGACGUCAGCGGGAAUUUCCAGCAGGAAGUGAGAGCGCGAGCGAGGCCGAGGCAGCGCCGCCGCCCGCAGGAAGAGGAGGUUUCGCCACUCGGCGGCGGCGGCGGACGGCGCUGCCUUCCCCGCGGUCCGCGCCGCCCUGCUCGCCGAUGUUUCAUUUGAAUCCUCUGAGUCAUGCAAUAUUUAAUCCAGAAUUAUUCCCACCAGAGAUGCCCCUGCAGACAGAUGGUCCAUACCUUCAAAUAUUAGAGCAACCUAAACAGAGAGGGUUCCGGUUCCGUUACGUGUGCGAAGGCCCCUCGCACGGUGGGCUUCCGGGUGCCUCCAGUGAGAAGAACAAGAAGUCCUACCCUCAGGUCAAAAUCUGCAACUACGUGGGCCCUGCCAAGGUCAUCGUUCAGCUGGUCACAAAUGGGAAGAACAUCCACCUUCAUGCCCACAGCCUGGUGGGAAAGCACUGUGAGGAUGGUGUCUGCACUGUCACUGCGGGCCCCAAAGACAUGGUUGUCAGCUUCGCCAACCUGGGCAUCCUCCACGUGACAAAGAAGAAGGUCUUCGAAACCCUCGAGGCACGGAUGACAGACGCGUGCAUCAGGGGCUACAACCCCGGGCUCCUAGUGCAUCCCGACCUCGCCUACCUGCAAGCCGAGGGGAGCGGAGGUGACCGGCAGCUCACGGACCGGGAGAAGGAGCUCAUCCGCCAGGCGGCCCUGCAGCAGACCAAGGAGAUGGACCUGAGCGUGGUUCGGCUCAUGUUCACCGCCUUCCUGCCCGACAGCACCGGCAGCUUCACCCGCCGCCUGGAGCCCGUGGUGUCCGAUGCCAUCUACGACAGCAAGGCUCCCAAUGCAUCCAACUUGAAAAUCGUAAGAAUGGACAGGACUGCUGGAUGCGUAACUGGGGGGGAGGAAAUUUACCUCCUCUGUGACAAGGUGCAGAAAGAUGACAUCCAGAUUCGGUUCUAUGAGGAGGAGGAGAACGGAGGCAUUUGGGAAGGGUUUGGAGACUUCUCCCCCACCGACGUCCACAGACAAUUUGCCAUUGUCUUCAAAACUCCAAAGUAUAAAGACAUCAAUAUCACCAAACCAGCUUCUGUGUUUGUCCAGCUUCGGAGGAAGUCUGAUUUGGAAACGAGCGAACCCAAGCCUUUCCUCUACUACCCUGAAAUCAAAGACAAAGAGGAAGUGCAGAGGAAGCGGCAGAAGCUGAUGCCCAACUUCUCGGACAGCUUUGGCGGCGGCGGAGGCAGUGCAGGCGCGGGAGGUGGGGGCAUGUUUGGCGGUGGCGGCGGAGCAGGAGGCACUGGCAGCGCUGGACCAGGGUACGGCUUCCCACACUACGGGUUCCCAACCUACGGUGGGAUCACCUUCCAUCCCGGAACCACCAAGUCCAACGCUGGCAUGAAGCAUGGAACCAUAAACACUGAGUGUAAUCAGGACCCGGAAGGCUGUGAUGCGGGUGAACACGGGGAAAUGAUUACAACCACAGAAGCAGGGAAGAAGCCGGACAAGUCCAGCUCUGGGAAGGACGGGGUGCCCCUGACACACGCCCUGGGAGGAGAGGACAAGGAUGUGGUGUUACAGAGUGGACGCAAGCUCUGCCCCAGGUGUGGGGACCACCGUCACAGUGACAGUGGUCCCUACCUUGCAGACAACUUAUUCCUGGAGAAAGCCCUGCAGCUCGCCAAGCGCCACGCCAACGCCCUCUUCGACUAUGCAGUCACGGGGGACGUGAAGAUGCUGCUGGCCGUCCAGCGCCAUCUCACGGCGGUGCAGGACGAGAACGGCGACAGCGUCUUACACCUCGCUGUCAUCCACCUCCAUGCCCAGCUCGUGAGGGAUCUGUUGCAGGUGACCUCAGGUCUGAUUUCUGAGGACAUCAUCAACAUGAGAAAUGAUCUCUACCAGACGCCCUUGCACUUGGCGGUGAUCACGAAGCAGGAGGACGUGGUAGAGGACCUGCUGCAGGCUGGAGCCGACCUGAACCUGCUGGACCGCCUGGGCAACUCUGUGCUGCACCUCGCUGCCAAAGAGGGGCAGGACAAAAUCCUCAGCGUCCUGCUCAAGCACCGGAAGGCAGCGCUGCUGAUGGACCAGCCCAAUAGGGAAGGUCUCAACGCCAUCCACAUUGCCGUGACAAGCAAUAGUCUUCCGUGCCUGCUGCUGCUGGUGGCCGCAGGUGCCGAUGUCAAUGCCCAGGAACAGAAGUCGGGACGCACGGCACUACACCUGGCAGUGGAGCAGGAUAACGUGUCCCUGGCAGGCUGCCUGCUGCUUGAGGGUGAAGCCCACGUGGACAGCACCACCUAUGACGGGACCACACCGCUGCAUAUCGCAGCUGGGCGAGGCUCCACCAGGCUGGCUGCGCUGCUCAAGGCUGCAGGGGCGGACCCCCUGGUGGAGAACUUCGAACCUCUAUACGACUGGGACGAGUCCUGGGAAAGGGCUGGUGAGGAUGAAGGCGUGGUGCCAGGGACGACGCCACUAGACAUGGCAGCCAGCUGGCAGGUAUUCGACAUCCUAAACGGGAAGCCAUACAACCCUGAGGUCAUAGCCGAUGACCCCCUGGCCCAAGGGGACAUGAAGCAGCUGAGUGAGGAGGCCAGGCUGCAGCUCUACAAGCUGCUGGAAAUCCCCGACCCGAAGAGAAACUGGGCGACACUAGCACAGAAGCUGGGCCUGGGCAUCCUGAACCACGCCUUCCGGCUGAGCCCCACACCGGCCAAGACGCUCAUGGACAACUACGAGGUCUCCGGGGGAACCGUCAAGGAGCUGAUGGAGGCCUUAGGACAGAUGGGCUACACGGAAGCCAUCGAAGUGGUCCAGGCAGGCUGCUGCCGCUCAGGAACCCCCAGCCCCAUGAAGGGCACCACGCAAGCCCCCCUGCCAUCCCUGUUGCUGUCACCACAGUUUGAUGAGCUUCGAGACCAGGACAGCAUCUGUGACAGCGGUGUGGAGACCUCCUUCCGCAAGCUCAGCUUCAUGGAGUCCCUGACAGGUGGUGGCCCAUUGCUAACACUUAACAAAGGGCCCCCCGACUUUGGGCAGGAAGGACCCAUAGAAGGAAAAAUCUAGCUGCCAAGAUGGUCAUGCCAUGCAACCAAAGCCAGAAAGUCCAGUACCUUGCCCGAGAGAUGGAAGACCUGGCAUCCAGAGGUGCUCAGCAGAAAGGCAGCCCUGGGCCGUCAGGCCACCACAGGCCUUUGAGCGCGGCCACCCCGGGUCCUUAGCUGAGUCCCAGCUGGGUCACGUCCAGGCAGGAAGCACCUGGCAGGCACAGCCCUGGAGCCGAUAGCAUUCCUGAGCGAGGGGUGUGUCGGUGUCACCGCUGCCGCUGGGUCACAGCUGCUUUCUCUUCCGUCGCUGCUGCUGCUGCUGUCCCUCUGCUGUGUCCCUGAACCCCUUCCAUGACCACCCAGUGUCUCUCUAGCCGUCCAGGCACAGUAUGUGCACUCAGAUACUAAGGAAGAAGAUAUUUUUAGAUGAGAGUCGCUUGGUGUGCAAUAAAGAAAGGCUGCGCGUUUUCCAACGUGCCGUCGCUGUGAUUUGCAAAGCACGCACUUAGCAAUAUUUAAACAUGGUUCCAAUCAGGGCUGAAAGUGGUAUUUUCUCCCCUUUUUCUGCAUUUUGCUAUUGUAAAUAUGUUUUUUAGACCAAAUACUUUAAAGGAAAAAUGUUGGAUUUAUAAAUGCUAUUUUUUAUUUUACUUUUAUAAUAAAAGGAAAAGCAAAUGGUU